AUGUCGACCAGCACUAUCCCGAUACCACGCGACCCAACCGACGGCGAAGCUCUUGCCCUGUUCAAGGCUAUCGAGGAGAAAUUUCCAUCGCAGACACUUGGAGAUGACAAGUGGUAUGUUCUUCUGCUCGCGGCGAUGGUAGGCGGCGGGCAGCCGGGCUUCGCGCCUUUGCUCUACAAGGAACUCAUCAAGCGACCCGAAUGCCAAACACCUGAACAGCGCCAGGCGUUGAUGCGAAGGAUACGAGAGACACUUUUCAAGCUCAUCGUCAUUGUGGGCGUGUGCAAGCCGUUGGAAGCCAUAUUCGACAUCGAUGCCAUCACGAGGCCAGAGGACAAGGAUUAUACAUUCUCUAGAGAGGGAUGGCAGUGUGAUGAAGCCAACUCAAAACGUGGUGCAGCAUGGCAAGGUCGCUUAUACCAACAUAACCAGGAGGGCAUCGACAACGUGUUGGCAUCACAGAAGGAUUUCGACUGGACGAGCAAGCAAAUCACCUACGGCCUCUAUCUAUCCGAUCACAGCAUCCUCAACGACGUCGAGACCGAGCUCACCGUACUCAGCGGCAUCAUGAUACAAAAUUUGCCGAGAGAGACAGCCUGGCAUUUGCGCGGGACAAGGCGCAUCGGCGUCAGUAAAGAGGACGUGGAGACAAUCCAGCAAUGCGUAAGACAACAGUCAACCUACGUUUCGUAG